CUUCCGGUAAUUUAGCACAACGUGAAAAACGUAAACAAACGAUUGGUUUGGUCUCUGUGGCGGGCCCUCUGUGGUGAUGUUUAUAAUUCGAUCCUAGUUUUUAAUUUUCAACUCUGAAAACAGUUGAAGUCUGCAGAAUUUUCAUUCUCCUCCUUAAGUAACCAACCGGAUAUACAUCAAUGCAGCAAGAGUGAAAACAGAGAGGCUGUGAUCACUAGAACAGUCAGACAUGAGUGGAGGACUAGCUCCAAGCAAGAGUACCAUUUAUGUUAGCAACCUCCCAUUUUCACUAACUAACAAUGAUCUGCACAAGAUUUUUGAAAAGUAUGGGAAAAUAGCAAAGGUGACAAUCAUGAGUGACCGGGUCACGAGACGGAGUAAAGGUGUAGCCUUCGUCCUGUUUGUGGAGCGAGACUCGGCUCACAAAGCUAGUCACGCUCUAAACAACACAACCAUGUUUGGACGUACAAUACGCUGCAACAUUGCCAAAGACAAUGGCCGCACAACUGAGUUCAUCAAGAGGAAAGAUUACCCAGACAAGUCACGCUGCUACGAAUGUGGGGAGGAAGGACACCUGAGCUACAAAUGCCCAAAGAAUUUAUUAGGAGAGCGCCAACCACCACCAAAGAAGGAUAAAAAGAAGAAGAAAGACCAAGAAGAGGAAGGCCAAGGUGAGGAAGAAGAGAAUGAUGAUGAUGAGGAGGACAAUAUGCCUGACCCAGCUCUGGACAGCCUAGCUGCUACCAUCAAUUAUCAGAGACAACAAAUGGAAAGUGAAGUUGCUCGGAGGUAUGGAGAGACAAGUCUCAACUUUAAUGAUAUUGACGAACCUAAACGCAAGAAGUACAAAAAGGAUGCAUACUUUAGUGAUGAAGAGGAGGUAGACGAAGACUGAGGACUUAUCGUCUAAAUCUGCAGUGUGUGUGGGAUGACAAGGCGGAAGAUAACAAAGAUUUACGUGAAGUCUGCAAUGUAUGCAUUUUACCGGCACUACACGUGUACAUGUACAUCUUCCGUAAAUGCGGCGAUUCAGCGGUUCAGUUUUUCACACGGAUAUCUAGUGAGAAAGGCUGCUACAUGUACAAGUUCUCUGGUUAGUACACUGUAUCAAUAUUCUUGUAUCAGUCGUUGUUACCAGUACUUCAAGUAUCUGUUAGUUUACCUUUUCUCAGUGAACUGGAAUUAAGUUGUUACAGCAUGGAUGCACAUUUCUGCACAUAGUGGUAUGAAUUUAACUGUCAUUUAAGCUGAAAACACACAUCUGCUGGUGGUGCACCUGCAUAUUAACCUGUAUUGAGGACGUUAAGGCAGAAACAAGGGACUGCAUGAAUUUGACCUUUGACCUUGGAGUAAAGUUUCAUUAAAGCAAUGUCAACUUGGUAAAAUACUAGCCACUUCCUGUUGUCUCAGCAAGGGAGGAUUGCUCUUUAGUUCAUUUGGUAGAGCGUUGCAUGAAGACCAGUAAACCAGAGGUCCUGGAUUCAACUCCUAGCGGAGGCAUUGAAAAACAAUAAUGACUUCUAUUACAGUAAUAUGUAACACACCAAAUAAUGUGUGAUCCACUUGUGUGUCUACUGAGAUAUCGUUAGUAGUGAGGAAGUGUGGGAUAAAUAGGAAUGCAGACUUUGGCAUUAACCAGUACAAGUGUACUUUUAUUUUCAGUAUAAACCUGUUCCUGUCUAUACAAGCUUUGAAAUUUGGCUCAGGCAUUUCCUCUCUUAAAUCAAAAUAUGUCAACCCUUUGUAACCCGAUAUCCUGUCUAUUCUGGAAACCAGCAAUGUACUACUGAUCUUGACGUAAAGAUCAUUGAUAAUAUCUUGUUCAUCAGUUCUGGCUUUUGUAUUUUUUUGGUUGGUAUAAACCCAGCAAAAAUGCUUUUCAGUAUGUAAAAUAAAUGUUCUGUUGAUUUUGAUUGAAAAUUAUUGUAAGUGAUUAAACGUUAUCAAUUAA